GGAGGCUGGCCCUGUGAGUCAGCGCACAGCAGCAGCAGGCCCGGCAGUGGCUGAGCAGGACCAUGCGAGGACGGUAUGUGAGCAGGACCCUCGCCUCAGUGCUGCUGUGCAGGCAGCCCCAGCCCGUGGGAGCAGGCGCUGCUGCUAAGAGACCCUUCCCGGGUGCAGCCCCGAGACACUCCUCGGACGGGCAGGAGGGCCAGGAGCAGCCCAAGGCGUGGGACCCGGCUCUGCUCGAGUUCCUGGUCUGCCCGCUCUCCAAGAAACCACUGAGGUAUGAAGCAUCCACCAAUGAACUAAUUAACAAAGAGCUGGGCAUCGCAUAUCCAAUCAUUGAUGGCAUUCCUAAUAUGAUCCCUCAGGCCGCAAGGAUGAUUGACAGAAAGGCCCAGGAUGAAGAACCGAAGCAAACCUAGAUAGCUGUUAUCAUUAAAAACAAAACCU